AUGUUUGCAUUCUGCUGUGUUGACUCUUUCAGUCUCUGCAUCAAACUGAGCUACCGAUUAAUACCCAAAGAGCAAAGGCGGGGACGAUCGGUCAACUUUGAUGUUGAGGCCUGCCUCCCUCUCGUCUCGACUCAACAAAGGAAGAAGCCCAGGCAACCAUGUGAUCCUUGGCCAACGACUGUCUUCUCGUUUUGCUGGGUUUUGGCGUCCGGCGACAAGGGGGUAGAAGGCUCAGACCCGCCAAUCUGCAAUUACUUCAUCGUCAUGGAAUUGGCUCAAUUCGCCCUUUGCAGAGCGGCGCAGUGGGUGACCCUUGUCGCUGGAUCGUUGCAACCCUACAGGCUACUUCAACACGCCGAAUGUCAUCCUUCCCGCGGCUACCUCUUCACCAUUUGGAUGCGUUGCCCUCAACGGAAUGGAUGGGGCAACGAGGCAGCUAGCAUGGGCAGUGGUCAAUUUAAACCGAUAGCAAUGGACCAUUUCCCUUCCCAUCACUAG